AUGGGUGAAAAGAAGCCCGAGCCGUUGGACUUCGUGAAAGAUUUUCAGGAAUACCUGACUCAGCAAACCCAUCAUGUGAACAUGAUUUCUGGAUCAGUCGGUGGGGACAAAGAAGCAGAGCCUCUUCAGGGAGCUGGAACAGAUGGUGAUCAAAAUGGACUUGAUCACCCAUCUGUUGAAGUUUCCCUGGAUGACAACUCAGGAAUGUUAGUAGACGGGUUUGAAAGGACCUUUGAUGGGAAGCUCAAGUGUCGGUACUGCAACUAUGCCAGCAAGGGGACAGCCCGGCUUAUCGAGCACAUUAGAAUCCACACAGGUGAGAAGCCUCACAGGUGCCACUUAUGUCCAUUUGCAUCCGCUUACGAGCGUCACCUGGAAGCCCAUAUGCGCUCUCAUACCGGAGAAAAACCAUACAAAUGUGAAUUAUGCUCCUUCCGCUGCAGUGACCGUAGCAACCUGUCCCAUCAUCGACGGCGCAAGCAUAAAAUGGUACCAAUUAAAGGGACUAGGUCUUCCUUGGGCAGCAAGAAGAUGUGGGGUGUUUUGCAAAAGAAAACAAGCAAUCUGGGCUAUAGCAGACGAGCGCUAAUCAACUUAAGUCCACCCACCAUGGUGGUUCAGAAACCAGACUACCUAAAUGAUUUCACCCAUGAGCUCCCCACCCUCCAGACUGACGCUUAUGAAACGAUGGCGAAGAACACCCCCACCGGCGGCCUCCCAAGGGACCCCCAAGAGCUCAUGGUCGACAACCCUUUAAACCAGCUCUCAACUCUAGCCGGACAAUUGUCCAGUUUGCCGCCUGAAAACCAAAACCCUGCAUCCCCUGAUGUGGUGUCCUGCCCCGAUGAAAAGCCUUUCCUGAUUCAGCAGCCCUCGGCCCAAGCGGUCGUCUCUGCUGUGUCAGCCAGCAUCCCUCAGAGCUCCUCUCCCACAAGCCCUGACCCUCGGCCACCACACAGUCAAAGGAACUACAGUCCAGUGGCAGGGCCCAGCAGCGAACCAAGUGCCCACACCAGCACUCCCAGCCUAGGAAACAGCCAACCAAGCACUCCUGUCCCAACCCUGCCGGUCCAGGACCCUCAGCUUCUGCACCACUGCCAGCACUGUGACAUGUAUUUUGCAGACAAUAUUCUUUACACUAUUCAUAUGGGAUGUCACGGCUACGAAAACCCUUUCCAGUGUAAUAUAUGUGGAUGCAAAUGUAAAAACAAGUAUGAUUUUGCCUGUCAUUUUGCAAGAGGGCAGCAUAACCAACACUGA